UAACCCUGUCUAAGGGGUUGCCUUUUUUCUAUGACACAACAUGUCCACGAGUUGGAAACAUAUCGGGUAAUAAAGCCCCCAGCAGAUCACUGAGUACGCGCUCUGACUGAAUUCACGUUCCGUAGAUUCGAACGCGCGACGUUUGUGACCGUUCAUAUAGUUGGCAUUUACCAUGGACAGCGAGAGAGACAACGCACAAACCUCAGCUCAGACAGACGCAAAUUCAAUUGAAGAAAAUUCUGCUCAGAUGGAGGGCUCACUUUCUUCAUUGGCAUUCAAGGGACCUGUUUCCCAGGCAAUUGUAGCAACAAAGACUUCUAUGAAGAUUUUGUUUGUCUACAUUGGAGGGCCUGGUGAGGAUUAUGAUAAUCUUGAGCAGUCCACAUGGCGAGAUCCAGAAGUUGUGAAAUUGUUGUCAGACAAUUGUGUUGUUCUAUAUCUUCCACAAGAAAGUGCAGAUGCUCUUCAGUUUUCUGCAAUAUAUCCACAUACAUAUGUCCCAGCAAUGUCAGCUGUUGGAUACAAUGGAUUGCGCCUCUGGUAUCAUGAAGGUUAUAUUUCAGCAAAAGACCUCAUUAUGAGCAUUGAGAAAGCAAGAAACGAUCUUCAUUUUCAGGAAGCGGCUGUUGCCAACAUGAUUGCUGCAGCAAUUGCAUCAAGCAGACAGGAACCUGUAAGCAGUAUUCCUUCUUUAAAUACAGCCCCACCAGUGCAUGAAGAGAUUACAGGUAGUACUGAUCCAUCACCUUCUUUGGGAUCUAUACCUCUCAAUCAAUCAUCUAGAACUGAAGAAACUGAACAGAUUGUGGUUGCCUCUAGAGCUGAUGAGCAGGAGAAUGUAGCAUCUGCUAGUACUAUUCCUGUGCCAGAUAUGCUUAGCAGACCCACGGACACAUUUGUUUCUGAGUGUUGUAGUACUGGGAGCUCUGCUCUGUCUUCCUCUUUAAGCAAUGAAACAUCUGAAAAUUCAUCACCUGAUCCUAUGCACAAAGAGGUGGAAGCUGAAAAAUCUGUAGAUGUGCAAGCAUACGUUAUAGGGAAUAUCAAUUCCCAGACUGGAGAUAAGGAUAAGUCUAGAUGUAGUAAUGACAAUGACGGCAAAAAGAUUGAAUCUUAUGAUCAAUCAUGUGAAGAACAAACAAUAAAUGCCAUGAGUUCAGACCUUGGUGGAUCAACUUUAGAAAUACUUCCUGAGAUAGAAACCGACAUUCAAGAAGGCAGUCCUGUUAUGGAUGAUCAGUCUGCAACGAAAUUACCAAUCAGAGAUUUGAGUUCCAUUCAUUUACAAAUUCGUUUGCUAAAUGGUUCAAGUCUUCAAGCAAAAUUUGCAGCUACAGAAACUUUGACAAGAGUGAAACAUUAUAUCAAGGAGAAUAGGACAGAUGGAAACAGUGCCUUCUCUCUGGCCAUCCCAUAUCCAAGGAAAGUUUUCAGUGAAGAAGAUAUGGAAAAAACACUUGUCGAGCUAAACUUGGGGACGAGAGCUGCAAUUAUUCUUGUGCCUUAUAAAUCUGGUAUUGGUCCAUCUGAUUGGCAUUCAUCAUCGCAAGCCAACACUAUGGGAGACACAGGUUCACAAAACAGUGAAACCGGUCCUGGAUUUUUUGCAAGAAUACUGUCGUACAUCAACCCCUUCUCCUAUUUUGGUGGUAGUUCAUCAAAUCAGGAAUCCACAUCAAGAGAUUCUGUUUGGCAAUAUGGUCCAAAUCCAUCUUUGCAAGAUGCAUCUAAAGAUGUCGGACAAAAUAGAAUGUACACACCAAAAUCAAAUAUUCCCGGGAAAGGUCAAAAGGUUGGCAGCAGCAGCAAGGUAGAAAAAAGAGGUUGGGGCAGUAAUAUACAUACACUUAAGCGUGAUGAAGACGAGUCAUUUCGUGAUCGAAAUGCAUUUUGGAAUGGCAACUCAACUCAGUAUGGUGGAGAUGACAGUAAGAGAGACUAGAAAUCUUAAAAACUCCCUUUCCUACUGCAGGAUGUGUAUGUGCUGUGAAUGAAAUUCAAUGGAGUAGGAGUGACGAAGUUCGAUCAGCUUCAUUCUCCCAUUUAGAUGUACUGUGUUAUGGACGUAAUUGACCUUGUAUUGUCAAGUUCUUUGGUUUGUUUACUAUUAACCUUUGAUUCUACAUAAUUCAGCAAUUUUGUACUCUUUCGAGAAACCAUAUUGUCCAUGUCAAAGCUUUUACAACAUAAAUUUUAUCACAAGUUGCAUGAGCUCAAAUCACACUGCGCAUUCCAAUUUAUUCUUGAGAAUAUGCUUAUAAAUUAAUACUUCCUAAAGGUUGUCAUGCAAGCACAUGUAUAUAUUAAAUGUGAAGAAUAAUUCAAGUUAUUUAGAGUAAGGACUAAACGAGUCCUGUUAUAAUU